AUGGAUUGCUGUGAAGGUAAAAGAGAGAUCUGGCAUAAGCAUUUGAAGAGUCGAAAACAGAAAUUCGCAUUUUGUUUCGAGAAAAUCGACUUUGAAGUUCCACUCGAAAUUUCGAGAGGAAAAUCGCAUAUUUUUGGUUUGGGGAAAAAGUUUGAGACCAAAAGUGCUGUAACUUGCAGAGUUUUCAGGGGGUGUGGUUUAAACGGCAAUGGACACACCGGAAGAAAUGCAGGUUGUGUGAGACCACGGAUAGAAAAUGGACGUGCUAAAGUUCGAGCCAGAGGAAAAAUGGUUUACUUUCGUUGUAGAAAGAAAUUCACUAGAAUCGGUCCCAAGUUUGCUGUUUGUUUACCUAACAGUGUAUGGAGUCAGCCAGCGCCUAUUUGUAUAGGACGAGGUUGUCCAACUAUAGUGCCAAAAGAUGGUUUGCAGAUUUCGGGAGAAUAUGAUGGUGCCAUGCUAAAAUUUACUUGUCCUGCUGGAAUGAAAAGGGAAGGACCCGAAUCUAUUCACUGUAAUGGAAAGAAAUGGAAUGCUGAUCAGCCGUCCUGUGUUGUCGGUAUAAGUCUACAGUGUGAUUUUGAACAAGAGGAGUUAUGUGGUUGGAGUCAGUCAGAUGAUGAUGAUUUUGAAUGGACCUGGUUAUCUGGUAAAACACCAACUGUCAAUACCGGACCCUUACGUGACCAUACACAUGCUUCCAAUUCUACAGGUCAUUAUCUAUUUAUUGAAUCGUCGUCACCAAGAAAACCACUGGAUAGAGCUGUACUGGCCUCACCUCUCUACCAAGCUAAAUAUAGUGACACGUGUUUUGAAUUCUGGUAUCACAUGCAGGGACCUGAUGAAGAAAACGCUGUGGGAAGUUUAGAAGUUUUUGUUAAACCAGAAAGUCUUACAAUCAAUGAUAUUGAUCCUGAGUUUAUUAUGGAAGGUAAUCAAGGUGCUGAUUGGAAACGAGGAACUAUUUAUAUAGAAGGUCAAACAGAGGUCUUCCAGAUAAUAAUUGUGGGUACACGAAAGGAAGCUUUUGUAAGUGAUAUAGCUAUUGAUGAUGUUAGAAUGUAUAAUUGUUCUGAGGAUUCAUUAACUACUGCUGAAGCAGAUGAAAUGACUACGGAGUCAGAAUCUAGUUCUCCAGAUGUACAAUCAUCGAUAAUUACUCAGAAAAUAACUUCAACGACAAUUUCCAAACCAAGCGCAACAACAAAAGCAGUUAAUGAUAAGGAUAAGUCUUCUGAUCAUGUACAUACGUUCAGAAAACAGUCGAUUUUUUAUCUUCGCUAUGUGGACAAAGGUAUAGCAUAUACAUGUGCGUACGCAUAUCGCACAGAUUUAUCAGCUGACAGAUGGAUCUACGUUUGGUUUAAUUCGAGAUCUAAUAUAUCCUUUAAUGCUACAUGGGGCGGUUCAAAAUCAACAAUAAACAAUCUAGCUUCCAUCCUUCACAUUGCAAAUUCUGGUGAUUAUAAGGACGGUGAUAAAACUGUCUAG